AUGCAAUUCGGGGAUCAGACUACUGUUACUGAUUCUGAUAUGCGAUGCAACAACAUGUUCCUUGAUCUUAAGGAUUUUGCCACCAUUUUGAAUGGUUCACUUGACACACGCUAUCUUAUUGACGUGAUUGGUCAGGUAAUGGACUUUGGCGGUGUGGAUAUUGUUAAUCAUGCAAGGAAAGAAGUGACCAAGAUGGUGUUUUACUCUAAGAGAUGGCAGUUAGCUGAAGUUUUGAUCCAAGAACAAAAACAACCAAAUAAUGGGGAUAUUUGUUUGAUCCGAUAUGCUAAGCUCAACAACUACACACAUGAUGAGUUACAAGUAUCCAAUGCAUUUGAUUCUUCUCUGGUGAUGCUAAACCCAGCAAUCAACGAAGUGGAAGAACUAAAACAGAUGGUUCAUGCUGAUGAUAACUCCGUGAAUAUGUACCAACAUGUUGGAAAGAUUCACAACCAAUCAAAGCGCAUUAAAUGGUCACAGUUUCCUUUCAAAACCAUUCAGGAAAUGAAACACACAGAUAAGGAUGCCAAAUGCCGAAUAAUUUGCACUGUUUAUGCCAUUGAUACAUUGAGAGGAUGGUAUUAUUGUGCUUGUGUGGUAUGCAACAGGCAGGUUCUGAAAACGAGGAUUGUCUAUGAUGACAUGGAUUCUCCAAGCUGGUACAAAUUGGAUUUGCUUGUGCAGGAUCAGACUGGUGAAUCCAAAAUUACACUUCAAGAUCCAGUUGCUACAUCUAUUGUGAAAUAUUCUGCUGCAAAAAUCGUAAAUGUUUUGUCUGAUAAUGGAGAUCCAGAUGUGUUUACCGGCUGA